AUGAUAAUUGUAAUCAUUAUUAUCAUUUCCUUUUAUCUAUAUAUUAAUAUAUUCUUCUUAUUUUAUGAUUUUUCGAUUUAUAUUCUUUAUACUUUCUUCUUUAUAUUCAUUUUCUAUUUUGAUGUAUUUUAUUAUUUGAAUAUCCAUAUUUAUCAUCUUUUAUAUUAUUAUCAUUUAUAUCUACUUUCGAUUUAUAUUCAUUCUGUUUUUAUUUAUAUUAAUUUUAUCUUUUAUAUUUUGAUUUCAUUUCUAUAUCUUUUUAUUUCUAUUCUUUUAUUCAUUUGUUUAAUAAAAUAUUUUUCAACAAUAAAACAAUACCAAUUAUUUCACAUCAUUAAAUUAUACACUUUUAUUUCAUAUUUCUCAUUUUUCAAUAAAAAUACACAUUUUAUUUUCUUCUUUAUUUUCUUCUUUAUUUUCUUCUUUUAUCAUCUCUUUUGUUUUAUUACUUUUUAUCUUCUUUUUAUCUUUUCUACUUUCUAUUUUUAUUCUUUAUUCUUCUUCAUCUUUCUUUUUAUUCUUUUAUAUCUUUCUCUUCCUUUUUUCUAUUAUUUCAUUUUUUUGUUGCUAUUUAAAAUAAGUGUGAUAGAUUAUUUAAAAACACAAUAUCAACAAUCAAACAACUUACAACGAAGAUGUUAUGAUAUUCACAAAAUAAGUGUUAUAAAGAAACAAAGUAUUCAUCAAAACCACUUUCAUUAG